CUAAUAUUUUACUUUUAACAUAGUGUAGUGUAAGCGCAUAAUCUGUGUACAACAUCAGUUGUCUAUGUCAGUUGUCAACGUGAAUUGUCAAGGGCAGUUUUUCAAUUAUACCGAGCUACAAAUGGGCUGUGUGUUUUAUUGUGAGCUUCCCCAGUACUAAAUACUAUAGUGGCGACGAGGACAAUUAGUUACGGUUUUGCGUGCGCAUUCAAUCUACAGUGUGUCACAAUGUCGAUUGGUAAAAUCAAAGAGUUCGACAUGCGGUCGGGGUUAUGGACGUCUUAUAUGGACAGACUUGAGAUGUACUUCAAGGUGAACAAGGUCUCGGACGAAAUGAAGUUACCGACGAUGAUUGCUAGUAUGGGGGAUGAAGCUUACGAGUUGCUGGUUAAUCUCGCUAGUCCAAACAAGCCUUCGGAAUUAUCUUUCGUACAAGCUGGUGAUUUGAUGCAACAACACUUACAACCGCCGCCAUCUUCGUUAGCGGAAAGAUACCGAUUUCGACAGAAACGGCAAGGUGCUACGGAGGAUGUGGCCACAUACGUAGCGGAACUGAAGAAAUUGUCGCGGAAUUGUAAGUUCAACACCAAUUUGAACGAAAACUUACGCGACCAAUUUAUCUGCGGGCUGCGCAGUGACGUCAUUCGGCAGCGGUUAUUCGCUGAAAAUGACACCAUAAAUUUUGCGGAGGCGGUCAAGUUGGCGUGUUCGUUAGAAGCAGCGGAGAGGGACGCAGCUGUGGUUGAGGGGAAAGGAGCAUCAGAGGCGAGGAGUACGUGCUCGGUCCAUGCGCUAGAAAAGUGCGCGGGGCGUGUCGGACAAGGACGCGGGCGCAGAGUUGGCGGAGCGGGACCGGUAGCACCGACAGCUAGAGGCCGCACGCGGCCGGUCAAUGUCAGGAUGACGGGCUCAGCCGGGUCGGUGAACGCAGGCUGCGCAGCAUGCGGGGCGGCGAAUCACGAUUUUGACAGGUGCCGCUAUCGGAACUUUGUGUGCAGCAAAUGUCAAAAUGUGGGUCACUUGCGGCGGGUGUGUCCUGAGUGGAAAGGUCGAAGGUCGCAGGAAAACAAUGACGGUCAAGAAAAAGCGAUUAGGCGCGGAUUUCAUUUCGGAGAUCUCGACUACGGGACCAGUGAUGAAGAAGGGGUUAUCGAAGAUCUAAAUCUCAUGGCAUUAAAUAAUUAUAAGGCGGUAUAAAGAACUGUUCAGUGGAGGGCUGGGACGGUACAGGGGGGGCAAGGCAACACUGCGGGUGCGUGAGGGCGCGGAACCCGUAUUUCACCGAGCACGGCCCCUGCCGUAUGCACUCCGUGAGCGCGUCGACGCUGAGCUCGAUGCGAU